ACUCCGCAACCCGAACUACGCGUCGCGCUCCGGUUUAGAUUAAAACUACAGACAUACAUGCGAGUGAAUGAGCGAAAGCGUUCGGGGCCCCAGAAGCGCUUGCGAUCAGAGAGAGAGAGAGAGAGAGAGGCACUUUUGAGUUUUAAUGAGCACGCUUGUUUUCUUUUAUAAUAGCUGUCAGAUGUGGAAAAUGAUUAACAGAAGUGUCGCCGGCGUUCGUUAAACUUGGAGAAGUUGACGCGAAACAUGUCUGCAGAUGGUCAUAUCAUGGAGUUAUCGUCUCGAAGGCUGGAAAAACUGGAAAAUGAAAAUAAUAAGAAUGGGUCAGUAAAGCAGGUGGACGGAUGCGUGCCCUUCUCUCAUCAGGUGGCUGGACAUAAAUGCGGAAUCAAUAACACUGGUGUUCUGCAGCAUCCUGAUGGAACGAUCCUCAAACAGCUACAAGCUCCUCCGAGAGGCCCACGAGAGAUGAACUUCUACACACAGGUGUUUGAUAAGGACUGCACAAAUAAAAGGCUGCUGGAUCUGCAACAACAUCUUCCCAAGUUCUAUGGCACAUGGAUGCCACGAGAGUCGCCACAUGACCUGUAUCUGAAGCUGGAGGAUGUGACGAGGAGGUUCUUACGGCCCUGCGUCAUGGAUGUAAAGAUUGGGAGGAGAAGUUACGACCCGUUUGCGUCGAAAGAAAAACGUGAAGAGCAGAUUAGCAAAUAUCCCCUUAUGGAAGAGAUCGGGUUCCUGUUAUUAGGCAUGAGGGUGUACCAGAUCGACUCAGACAGUUACAUCACUCAUGACCAGCUGUAUGGACGCAGUCUUGGAAAGGACACUUUAAAAAAUGGCCUGAGCAGAUUCUUCCACAAUGGUCAGGAAUUACGGAGGCAUGCAGUUUCUCUGAUCAUCUCCAAAAUCCGAAGCAUUCUCCGCUGGUUUGAGAGCCAGACUCAGCUGCAUUUCUACGCCAGCUCUCUGCUGCUGGUGUAUGAAGGCUCCGGUCACACAAUCAAGAAAUCCAAACACAUGCCAGCUGAUCUAGAAACAGAACAUCAGCAGGGGGAGCCACAGAGCAAGGCUUCACGCUUUCAGAGCAGUUUAACACACAGUCAUCCGUACUGCCACGACGUUCGGCACGAGAGGAACGCCAACGGAAAACACGGAGGAAGUGCGGAAGAGCAAGAUGAGGAAAUUGAAAAGGUGGAUAAGAAGAAGUUUGGACAGGAGGAGACAGUGGAGGUGAAGAUGAUCGAUUUCGCUCAUGUAUUUCCCAGCAACAGUCCGGACGAGAGCUACAUGUACGGACUCAGGAACCUUCUCUCAGCUUUAGAACAAAUACUGAAGGACUGACAUCUGUCCAUCUCUCUCUUCACUGGCCGGAUGUUUCUGAUUUUUCUUUUAAAGCCAGUGCAGAUCAUUUCACACACAAACAUUUCAGAUGCCUUAAAGUGCCUCUAUUACAGAUUUUUGAACAUGCCCUUUUAUGCAGUGUGUAAGACAGCUCUAAGUGAAUGAAAGCAUCAUGCAAAGUUUUUAAAUCAGAAAGUGCGCCGUGUAUAAACUUAUUGCCUUAUUGGCGGUCGAGGCUGAAUCACUGAAUCAAGUUGUUUUUAAAAUGAAUCCCAAGCCAUUUCGUGUUGACGAUGAUGAAACGGUGGCGUAUGGGCACCCACUUAUAGGUCUUUUAGCGUUGGUCUGAAAGAAACCUCUAAUUUAUUCUUUCCACAAGGUGCUGCUUUAGGAACAUUAAAAUAACGGUUUCCCUGGUAACGCUGUACACAAAACAGCACUGAGCUCACAAAUGCUGAUUUAUCAGCCAUAACGGGCAUGAUGAAAUGAUAAAAAUGAGACCAAUCAGACCAAUCACCGCAGAUUAGCAUCAUACAAAGAACUGAUUUGGGAAAAUUAGCAGAUAAGGUAAAAAUAAAUGUAUAUUAUAAGACAAUGAAAGUGUUUUUUUUUUUUUUUUUUUAACUUGCAUGUAAACCUAUUGUUAGAGAUUCCCAAGACCUUUUAUUACCCAUAAUAGAGGCCCUUUUUAUUUGAAAAAUGGGUUUAUUAAAUAUUUCUAGGGACAUUUUUCUUAAUCUUUAAAGAUUUUAGUAGUAUUAUGAACCUAUGCUGUAAUGUCCAGAACACUCUGGUUAAAAAAGGCUGUCAGAGUUGGCUGCCGACAACUAAUAAGUUAAUAAUAAUAAUAAUAACUCAGGGAAAAAUAAUCCUAAAUUACGAUACGAUAUAGCAGUUCAUCUGUGCUCCCGAAACACAGUGUGAGUCUUAUAAUGACGUCGCUUCUGAUGCAACUACUGAUGUGUUUAUUUUAAAAAAUGCACUUCGAAGUAAAUUAUGGUUAUGGGUGGACCCACUUUAUGGCCUUAACUAUUAUGCACUUACAUGUAAAUGAAUCAUUUGAUACAAUGCACUUAUUGUGUACAUACUGUACAUGUUUUUACAUUGUACUUGUAUUUUAAAAUAUACGCUUCGUGAAUCCAAAAGCUGUGUGUUUGUAAUGAGAAAAAACACAUUUAAAACUUGAAAUAACUUCUAAAAUACCUGUAAAGGUGAAGCCCUUGUACCAUAUGCAUGACAUAAAAUAUACAGAAUCCACAAUAAUAUGAAGUGUUUAAAAUAUCAUGCCUCUGACAUUCUUUGUUGAUAAGAUCCAAUGAAGUUAAUUCUAAUAGCAUUUUAUACUUAUCAUUUGACAUUUUACCCCAGACGUCUCACUUCUCAGAACGUAAUGUGUGUGAAAAGUCUAAUGGACUAGAAAUGCGUGUGAAGAACCCGACAGGAUUUGAUUGUUCUUUUAUGCUUUAAAAUUUAUACGAGCACUUUCUCCUGUAACAAUAUGGAUAAAUUUAGCUUUGCUGAAAGCAUCCGAUUCUUCACUGACUUACAGUUCUCCCUAAUGGUCGCUUUGUGUUUUCAUCUCUCUUUUUCCAAACGUAACUCAUAAUUAGAGACCGGACAGAACAGACUGUGCUGUUCUGGAGUUUAAUAUAGAUAAAUCACGUGGAUGCAAAAUUCUUUACGUGCAAGCCAACAGGACAGAGAAACACUUGCUUUAAUUCUUGUCUGAGGCUUAAAAAAAUCAUUUAUACCGAAGUGCAAAAAAGCUGAUUUCUUUUUAAUGCUUUAUCAAACAAGUCAAGACCGAGACAUCAGCGGCAUGAUAAUAAAGCUGUUUAAAAAUAGAUUAAAACAGACAAAUGAAUGUAAAUUAAAUUUCAUGUGGAUAAGCACGCAGUUAUUGCGCCGCUGUCCUGCUGUGUUUCUUCAUUUACACUUUUCUGAGUGUCAUUCCAUCCUCCUGCUCUUCUUUAAACUGCAGGGAUUUUUCAUUAUUCCUAAUUUGAACAUAAUUUGAAAUAUAAUUGGAACCUCAGAAGCAAUUUCCCAUCAAACGCCCUCGGAAAAAGCUCAGCUCCGAGGUGUCUAUUAAAAAGGUUUAAAACAAAAAUUGAAUUUACUGGGUUAAGAUCUUACUUUUUAAGCAUUUGACAGUGUUUUUCUAUUACUUCACUCGUGCUCAACUUUUGAUCUCUAUAUAAAGCGCGCGUGCAUCUGUGAAUCGAAAAACAUUUCAAGAUUCCUCACAGCACUGAAUGAAUAAAUCAUAAAUAUAUGAUAUUUA